CCGCGGGACCCACCCAGUCCGGCUCUCCUGUCUGCUCCCGACCGGUCGUUCACGCCUGACCCCUUGCCGCCAUGCCCAAGUGCCCCAAGUGCGACAAGGAAGUGUACUUUGCCGAACGGGUGACCUCUCUGGGGAAGGACUGGCACCGGCCUUGCCUGAAGUGUGAGAAAUGCGGAAAGACGCUGACAUCGGGGGGCCACGCUGAGCAUGAAGGCAAGCCCUACUGCAACCACCCCUGCUACGCCGCCAUGUUCGGGCCCAAAGGCUUUGGGCGGGGUGGCGCUGAGAGUCACACUUUCAAAUAAACCCAGGUCGUGGAAACGCUGUCCCUGGCUGUCCACUGGGCCACUGCCCUUCCAGGCCGAUUCCAGGCCUUAUCCCCAGGCACCCGGGGCUCCCCUGUAGUCUCCCUUGCCCUCAAUAAAGCUGAGCACUCAGAAGCCAUGCCUCUGUGUGUGUG